AUGAUUACCAAAGGUAUUCAGUUACCGUCCGAUGAAGAGCUAACGGUACCCCAUGAAAUUACUCUAUCAACACCGUACUUCAAAGCAGUUAUACCUUUUAUGCAUCGAGCAUGUGAAAGAGAAGUCAAAGAAUUUACGUUACGUCGACAAGAGACCGAAGAUCCACGUCGUGCUUUAAAGGAAGGUCGAGAUCUCACUGCGUGUGGCAUUAAGUUUUUACAGCAGUUAAAAAAGAAUUGUAAGGAAAGUGUUGAUAAUUAUGCUAGUUGUAUCGAUCACCGAUCUUCUAAACUCUACAUUACUCCUUGUCGAGAACAACAACGUCGUUUGGAUCUCUGCGUAGAGCAAAAUUUGAGCAUAACUCGGCCAAGAGUGGGAUAUUUCAGUAAAAUGCAUGUACACAACGCGCGAUUUCCAAAAAAUGUGCAUUAUGGUCGAGACUAUAAAGCCGAAGCCUCGAAGAUAUUGGAUGAACUUCCUGAUGAUUACCAUAUGCGUGAAGAUUUUCGUGCUUAUGAUCAGCAGCGUUACAGCUUCUUCGAUAUAUGA